UAAUAGUAAGUAUGUAAUACUUUAAUUUGAUUAAAUUUGAUUUAAUAUUUGGUUAAAGCUUCACUUACCAUCGUGAGGCACCUACCGCACCGCCAUUUUGUAGAUAAACUAAAAUACAAAAAUACUCUGGUACACCUUAAAAUAUGUACAAUAAAAGUGUCCUAAUAGACUUCCCAUUUAUUUAACCAUUUUGUCAAAAUAAAUAAUCAUAUCUUUACUUUCUCACCUAAACGAAUUUUGGAAAAACUUAAUUUAAAAAAAAAUAUAAAGUAAAAAUGAACAGUGAAGUGUAUAAAAAAAAAUGAAUGAGAAAGUGUUAACUUAACAAGAGAAAUUGAAAGCAUAGCCUAAAAAUGACACGAGUGCACUGAGGGUUAAAGCACUACUAGAUUGUCAUCACGUGUGAAACGUGACCGUCUGAUUUAGUCGGGACACGUGACAACGACGUUCCGUCACAUCUGUUUAAUAAUCAGAACGAAAACCGAGUACAGUGUCUCAUCGUUCUCCUGUCCCCACUCGUGCACGCGUAUGCCGAUAUCGAUCUGAACAGUGUCAAUAAGGAGCCAUCAGAUCCAUUUACACGCAUUUAUGCAGGACGAGCGUCGAUGUAACGCGUCUAAUAUUAGCCUCAAUCAGCGUCAAUAAAGAAGAAAAUAGCGUGACACGAGUACGCGCUAUUAUUUAUCGUCUGUAACGUACACGUGACGUGAUUCUUCGCAUGAUAUAUAAAGGUAUCUUGAUCUUGAACGAAAUUAUAUUCAAACCUGACAUCAUAUAGAGCGCCAGGCUUCCAGACAAAGAACCUAACCGUCACUAGCCGAUAGCGAUUCUUGCGAUACGAACGCUUCGUUUAGUCAUCGAUCAUCAGUGUCAAAGCUGAAACAUUCUCUGUUUCUUAAAACACUUUGAUUCUCGUGACAACAAAUAGUGUCCGAACUCGAAGAAAAUGCGCAACCCGAGUACAGAGCAGAUUCUCAAAGACGAAGAAUGUUUCGAGAUCAUCCGCAAAAAGCUUCACAAAGAUUCGAUGGAGGACUUCUCUCUGAUCACCUACGAGGUGGUGCCUAUCAACGAGGUGAACGGCUUCAUGGGUCAGUACUUUACUUUGAAAGCUACGGUGGCCUCACCGCAGUCGCCCAUGGAAACGAAGAACAUCAAAUUCUUCACGAAACUCCCGCCUCCUGUCACGAGUCCGCAAUACGACUUCAUUCAGCAGUACGGAAGCUUCAAGAAGGAGGUUGCCCUUUACACCACCGUGUUUCCGGAAGUGUUGAACGGCCUGGACAGCAAGUGCAUCCCGGAAUGCUUCCUGGGUUUGGAGAACGACGUGAUAGUCUUGGAGGACAUGGCUCACAGCGGUUACGAAAUGACGGACAAACUGAAACCGUUCGACUAUGGACACUGUAAAGUGUUGAUGAAGACCCUGGCGAGGUUCCACGCAAAGUCCCUCAUCUUUGAACAGUUGUACCAGAAGAGUCUGCACGACGAAUUCUUUCAUUGCAUGCAAGAGACGCUGUGGCCGCUGAAGGACGGUAGAGCUAAGUCCAUGUUUGAUGCUGCUGUGAAGGGCAUCGAUUCCGUGAUCGAUUUGGUUCCGGAGCUGAACGAGGAGCAACGAAAAGUAUUCAGGGCGAAGCUUACUGAUUUGUGCGUUAAUCACGCGGAUAAAUUGCUGCCGUCCAUCAAGCAUAAGAACGUACUCUGCCAUGGAGACUUGUGGGCAAAUAAUAUCUUGUUCAAGUACGAUGUCGACGAGAAGCCUGUGGAGUGCUGUCUUAUCGACUUUCAACUUGCCAGGUACAAUCCACCUGCCCACGACAUUCUCUGUUUCUUACAAUUCACAACAACCCGAGAGCUUCGAGAAAAGCACAGCGACGAGUUGUUCAAGAUCUACCACGAGACAAUGGCGGAAGCUCUAGAAGAAGCUGGUCUCGACAUUUCUACUGUUUUCCCAUGGGACAAGUUCAUCGAGUCCAUCGAAGAUCUGAAAGUCAUGUGCAUCACCCAUGGCGUUUUGAACAUACCGAUCAUGCUGUUAGAGCCUAGUGCAGCCAGCAAGUACUUCUCGGACCAGCCAGAGCUUUUGGAGAGCAUUCUCUACGUGGACAGAACACCAUUGAUCUUUGAGCAGAUAAAGGACGUGCCUCAAUACAGAGCCAGGAUGAUGGAUGCUCUACUAGAAUUAUACGAUUAUGUGACCGGCUAAAAAAAUUCAGGCUGACACCACAGAUAUUAGAUGCUUUUUCACUGUAGAUAACAGGGUUAUGAUGCACCAGUCGCUAUCUUGGAAAGUAAGCGACGAGCACAGCGAAAUAUAGCUCAGAUGUUCGAAUCAGAAAAUAUUAGGCUAUAUCAGGUAAUAUUAGACCAUUCGAAGAUUAUAAACAAAUUCUAACUUCAAAGUUUGAGGCACCAAUGAUUUGCAACGCUUUACAAAAUUGUAUGCUUAUUACGUCACUUGUGAUUGCACGAAAUAUUGGAACAUUAUGCACUAAUUAAUUUAAAUUUGAAGCAUUUUAGAUGUUAGUCGCUAAUGUUCGUCGUGAGGCAAAUUAUGCAAUGGUGAUGUAAUUACGUAAGAUAGGGAUACAAACGGCUGUUUUCGAAACGAGUGUUAAUAAUAGCGAGAGCAGUUAUUGACUGAUAGACAAUUGUAUAAAGUGAAUGAUACGUUUGAUGGAGGGAUUUUUAGGUUAUAUUUAAUUAUGUAUUAUGUAAUUGUGAUAUAUUUUAUUACUGUUAUUGUAAUUUUCAUUGUUAUGCAAAUAAAGUAUAAUGUGUAAAAAGA